UGUAGUCCCGGGGCUGCAAGGCAGUAGCUGUGAGUGAGGGGAGCGGAGACCCCAAUAUCCACCGGGGAAGCCGCGCAUCAUGGAUACACCAAGCACUUCAGGCGCAGUGACUCUGUUUGGAAAAGAAGACAACGGAUUCGUCCACCGUAUCCCGGCCCUUCUCUACAUCCAGCAGCCUCCCACCUUUCUGGCCUUUGCAGAGAAACGCUCCUCUCCCAGGGACCAGGAUGCUCUGUUCAUAGUAAUGAGGAGAGGGGUGGAACAGAACGGGGUUCUGCAUUGGGAGAAUGAGAGAGUCGUGGCAAACGCCAAGAUGCCGGGGUGUCGCACCAUGAACCCCUGCCCCGUGUACGAUGAGAAAACCAAGACCUUGUUCCUUUUCUUUAUCUGCGUGAGAAGAAACGUCUCUGAGAUGCACCAGAUCCUGACGGGGAGGAACGCCGCCCGGCUGUGCUGCGUCACCAGCAACGACCUCGGCACAAACUGGAGUCUCCUGAAGGAGCUGACGGAGGAGAUUCUUGGUGAGGAUCUGAGAAACUGUGCCACGCUGGCAGUGGGACCCGGGCACGGCAUCCAGGCACCUUCUGGGAGGCUGAUUGUACCUGCCUACCUCUAUUAUAUCCACUGCCGGAUGUGCUGCCUGCCUAUUCCCUUCUGGACUAAGCCCCACUCCUUUACCAUCUACAGUGAUGACCAAGGGAGUAGUUGGCACAAGGGGGACAUGCUCUGGGGGCAGAAGACGGUAGAAUGUGAAAUGGCCGAGGUCGUCUGUAGAAAUGGCUCCCACCUCCUGUACUGUAGCGCUCGGACGGGAAAGCAUUUCCGAGUGGAGGCAGUUAGCCAGAACCAGGGGAUGGCAUUUGCCAACUCUCAUUACUGCCAGGAACUGUGCGAGCCCCCCCACGGCUGCCAGGGAAGCGUAGUGUGCUAUGAGCCCCUAGAGGAGGCCGAAGAGUUAGAAAAGACUGGCAGUGAAGCCAACCAAUCGCUGACUGGGGAAGGCACCACUUCAUGGCUCAUUUAUUCACACCCGACCAGCAGCACCAGGAGAGUGGACUUGGGCAUCUACGUCAACAAGAGUCCAUUAGAGCCAAACAGUUGGACCCAGCCCUGGAUCAUCUGCAGGGGCCCAAGUGGGUAUUCAGACUUGGCAGUGUGCCAGGAUACCCACGCCGUCGGAUGCCUCUACGAGUGUGGCCUCAACGCCUGCGAGAAGAUCGACUUCAGAAGGUUCUCUAUACAGGAGCUGAUGGACAAAGUGCCAAGCGCUUAACUGGCAGAAUAAUUGCAUUGCACCCCUGCAUGCUGCGCAGUCUCUGCUUUAUGCGACGCCGAAUGGUUCAGCGCAAUGAAAGGACCAGUGCUUUCAGCAUUACGGGAUUUGCUUGCUUGGUCGCCGCAGAGACGAGGGUUAUUAUAGCUGCCAACAAUACAGGGCUACAGCCUGACACAGUAGGUCCCACAGGUCUGGGUUAGCGUUGCUUGGGAGACCUGGACCAGUGGCACUGGGGGCUCAGCCUGAAGGCCAGUUAUGGUGGCGUGGUUUCCUCAGAAGCUUUCCAUGUCAUACCAACAGUCGGAAAGGGAAGAGGUCUCUGCCCUCCAAGGCUUUGUUUCAAACGCAGAUCUUUAUUAAAAUUUAAGGAAUUCUGAUACA